UCGAUUUGACAGCCGUUCUAGUUGUCAGACGUGCUCUUGCUUAGCGGAAUAUUUUGAAAUCGUUGCUGUUGUUUUUCGUGAUUUUUCUUAAUCAUCACUUGAAUUAAGAUGGCAGAAACCGAAGCCGUUGCUACUCCUGCUGCUACACCGAAAAAGGCAAAGGCAUCCAAGCCUAAAAAGCCCAAAACUGCACCUACUCAUCCAAAGGUGUCCGAGAUGGUUAACACAGCCAUAUCUACUCUCAAAGAACGUGGAGGAUCAUCCGUACAGGCCAUUAAGAAGUACAUCGGCGCCCACUACAAAGUCGAUGUCGACAAGCUGUCACCUUUCAUCAAGAAAUACUUAAAGAAUGCCGUGGCUUCAGGUCAGCUCGUGCAAACCAAAGGCAAGGGAGCUUCUGGAUCCUUCCGUAUGACAACCGCUACCAAGGAGAAGACUUCCAAACCAAAGGCUUCUGCACCUAAACCGAAAAAAGCUUCCAAACCUGCCGCUGCAAAGAAAGUCGCCAAGCCCAAAACCCCCAAGAAGGCCGCUGCAAAGAAACCGAAAGCUAAAGCUGCCAAGAGUCCCAAGAAACCCAAAGCAGUCAAGCCCAAAUCCCCCAAACCCAAGAAGGCAAAAGCAGCGAAGAAACCCGCAGCCAAAAAAGGCAAAAAGUAAACAUCCCAUCUUAAAUGGAAUCAUCUUGUAAAUAUCAUCAUCGUAUCAUCUGGACUGUUAUUAGGACUAUCGUGAAUUUGUUGUUCUCUAUCAAGAAUUUCCCGACUGCACCUAAUGACUGUUCUGUCAUCAUCCUCAUCAUCGCUGUCACUUCAUCCUCAGAGUACGCAGUUCAUCAUCCAUCUCAUAUCAUUAGAACUGUUACCCUCAUCAUUUCUUCAUUACCCGGUCAUGUACAUCUGUGUUUCAUUAACUCAUACUUCAGAAAAACCUGAACUUUUAUUUUGAACUUUAUUAAUGAACUUUCAUCGUUCAAAUUCAACUUGUAAGUACUCAAGUUUUCAUUUCAUUUAAGCAACUGCAUUCUAUAAUGUGUUUCUGCACCAAAUCUCUCUCAACUAUGUGCCAUUCAUAUAGUUCUUCAAAGUUAUUUCAUCUGAUUGAUUACAAUAUUUGAAGUUAAAUAUUAUGGCUAUGUUAUCUCUCUAAGAAAUUCUAUUUUAUAUUAUUUAUUUCACAUGAAAAAAUGUUUCAUGCCAUUAUAUGUGCUCGCUACAGUUGCAUUUAAUGUAAAUGUUACAUAAUUUUUUAAUAAAAAUGUUGU